GGCAAAUGUCGAAGGAGGAUCUCCUGAGUCUCUACGACGGAUCGCCUGCGAAUGAUUCAACCGGAGGGUGCGUGCUGUACUACGGACUUGACGAAGAAGUUGGCUUGAGUAUAUUGUCUGCGGAAGAAUUAAGGCUCCGCAGUACAACUACAUCUAGAUUGUCAACAUCUUUGUUCUUUCUUGGGAGGUUCUUCCUUUUUCUGGGUCGUGGAUCCUAGUAAGGCAAAAGAUGAAUUAUUCAUAUUCUUGUAGUGAGCUUGCGCUAAAAGAAGCUGCUGAAGAAGCAACAGCAAGUGGAGCAGGAGCUGGAGGAGAAGGAAUGGUAGAAGAGAGCCCAGUCAAGGACGAUUACGAGAUGGAGCUGAUUGAGGACGAUGAGGACGAACUAGAGGUUGACGACGACUAUGAGAUGGAAGCGAUCACUUCCAGUGAAGACGAAGAUGAAGAUGCUGCUGACGAGGGCAAGAAGAAAUUGAAGAUUAAGGGUACUAGGUCGCAGUAGUUGUUUCUGUUGUAUACUAUGUUUCUUGUCGAGGUGGUGUUCCUGCUUUUACCGCUUUUAGAAGUUUUACCUUUCUCAACAGGGGGAAAGGCAUUUAGCUAGAACGGCAUUAUAUUAAGUUAACACCAGGCAGCAAAGCUUUACUCUAACUUGAAAGGAUCUACUAUGGUGGAUGAAGAAGAAGAUG